UCUGCGGAAGGGCAAGUCCAUCCGUGAGUUGAUGGAGGAGAAAGGUGUGUUUGAGGAUUUUCUAAGGAAGAACAAGAAAGUUGAUCCAGCUACUAAGUACUUUCCCAACAAGGAUGCUGUGGCUUAUGAAUCUAUCACUAACUACUUGGACUCUUUCUACUUUGGGGAAAUCAGCGUCGGCACCCCCCCUCAGAACUUCCUGGUCCUCUUUGACACCGGCUCCUCCAACCUGUGGGUGCCCUCCACCUACUGCCAGACCCAGGCCUGCUCCAAUCACAACAGGUUCAACCCCAGCGGGUCGUCCACCUUCCGCUCGGGCGGGCAGACGUUCACGCUGUACUACGGGAGCGGCAGCCUGACGGUGGUGCUGGGCUACGACACCGUGACCGUUCAGAACAUCGUGGUCAAUAACCAGGAGUUUGGCCUGAGUGAGAGCGAGCCUGCCGUCCCCUUCUACUAUUCCUACUUUGAUGGGAUUUUGGGCAUGGCUUACCCAGCAAUAGCUGUAGGCAACUCCCCCACCGUGAUGCAGAACAUGUUGCAGCAGGGACAGCUUUCAGAGCCCAUCUUCAGCUUCUACUUCUCCCGUCAACCAACUCAGCAAUAUGGAGGAGAGCUCAUCCUCGGCGGGGUGGACCCCCAGCUCUACUCUGGCCAGAUCACCUGGACCCCUGUCACUCAGGAAGUUUACUGGCAGAUCAGCAUCGAGGAGUUUGCUAUAGGUAACCAGGCCACUGGCUGGUGCUCCCAAGGCUGCCAGGCCAUUGUGGACACGGGCACCUUCCUCCUGGCGGUUCCUCAGCAGUACAUGAAUGACUUCCUGCAAGCGACACGAGCCCAGCCGGCUCAGAACGGCGACUUUGUGGUCAACUGCAACUACCUCCAGGACCUGCCCACCAUCACUUUUGUCAUCAACGGGUCCCAGUUCCCUCUGCCUGCCUCUGCCUACGUCUUCAAUAACAACGACUACUGCCGCCUCGGGAUCGAGGCCACCUACGUGCCCUCCUCCAACGGGCAGCCCCUGUGGAUUCUGGGAGACGUCUUCCUCAAGGAGUACUACUCUAUCUAUGACCUGGCCAACAACAGGGUGGGCUUCGCCUACUCCGCCUAGGGCGGGCCUGCAGAGGGCACCGCCCCUGUGACAAGGUGUAAACUUGCGGCAUCUUCGGCCUGGAACCCGUCACUGCAGACCUAAAUUUCCAAAAUUCUUCUGAAAUAAAGCCUUUGGUUG